AUGCAGUAUGCCGUCAAAGAGCCCGAGGAUGAUGGCGGCCUGUCGUCGGGAGCAAUUGCCGGGAUCGCCGUCGGCAGUGUGGCCGGCGUGCUUGCUAUAAUUGGGCUCGCCGCUUUGAUCUAUAGGCGGCGUCGGAGCUCUCGUCGGAUGACUCGGCUGAAAAAGGAGCUUCACAAUAGCUACUACCCAGACAUCGGGGCGUCAGAGGUGCCAACCGUGCGGAGAGGGACCCAUUCUAGCGGCGGUUUUGGAUUCCACGAGUCGGAGGCCAUAUACAAAGCUCGAGCCCAGCCUACCAAACCUACCAAACCUACCAAGCAAAGAUAUGAUAGCCCCACACAUGUCUAUAAACCGGCUGUUAUGGGUUCUUUGGUGCAGCCUCCCAUGGCUUAUAAGUCUGGAACUCCGCGGGACGAUGGAGAAGACGAGCUGUCGCUACCGUCGUGCACAAGUAGUCCGGCGCCAGAAAUUCAUGCAUCCCACGAGGUACAGGUAGCUCGUCCACAGCGCAUGUCUCGCGGCUACGCUCGAAUUAUCUAUACGAAACCUCACGGGUCGAGCAACAGCAUGCCUGCUGAUCUCCACGAGGCCCGGCCGGAGGACGAAACACCAGAAUCAAAGCGCCGUCCGCUGUCGACGCGGUGA